AUGGUUCUUAGCAAGGGUAAAAAGAGAGCAAGUGUAAGUAAUGAAGAGAAAACAAGUGAAUUCGUUGAAUCAGAUUCUGGAAUGGAUGAAAGUGAAAAAGACUCAAGUGACGAAGAUGAGCAAGGGUUAAAUUAUGAAGACAAGUCAUUAUUAGUAGCAAACAAAAUAAUGCCACCAUUCUUAAAAGAUUUCAAACUCGUGACAAGAAUGCCACCAAGAAUCAUGGUUCUGACGAUACAAGUGACAAUAUACCUAAAAAGAAAAAAUAAAUAUCAUACAAAGAAAGCUACUUCAGACUUAGGAACAGAUACUACUAGUGAUGAGGAUUCUACUAAAAAGUCAGAUCCAAUUGAAAAACCAGAUAAAGCAAAGUAUAUCAACAUUCCUAAAAUCCUAAAGAUUAAGAAGCCUAUAUACAAUUCUUACCAGAAGUCACUUCAUUUGAUGAUUGUAGCAAAAUAUGAGAAGAAGAAACCUGAGUUUCAAAAAAUACCUGAAAGUAAAAAGGAUGAGAUUAUUCAAAAGUUUAAAUGCAAGAAUCCCAAAUUCUCUCUUAUAGCUUGUGAUUGGGCUAUUAGAUAA